GCCCAGUCCAUGCUUCUCCAACCCGACCCGACCCUGGCCGAGGUCCCAGGCUUCACAAAAGAGCAAUUGGACGCCUUGGCCCGCAGCGUCGAGCUCAGGCGCCACCAGCUCGAGACGGACAUCGCCAGCUACAUCCGCUGCAAGCAGGACGAGCUGCGCAACUAUGGCCACCAGCUCAUAGACCAAUACCGUUCAACCCAAUGCCCUCAGCAGCUAGCUUCUGACCGCAAGUCGCCUGCGAGUAAUGCGGACGACGCCGUAAAGGCGCCCGAGCCCGACGACAGGAUCAAGCAGAAGAAGCAUACAAAGGUGCACAAGCGCGAGCAGGAGCUCUACGGCCUCGUCACCCCCGUCUUCCUGCCACUGCUCGACGCACGCGACAGCUCCCCCGACAAGAGGAGGACCCCCAAGCCACCCACCCCGUACGGCGCAAACGACGCGGCAGACUCCCCGCCCGCAAGACCCUCGAGAGAUGCUGAGCAGACCAAGGCCCGGAAGCAGAGGAAGGACAACAAGGACUUGGAGAGCCCAGCUCCGGGGGCGCUGGCCAAGGACAAGCAGUCUGGCGAAGCACCCAAGAAGAUGAAGCGCUCCACCAUGAAGAAGUCGGCCCUGCGCCACAAGGACAAGCCGCGCACACCGCGAAAGAGAGUCAGUCUGGUCAUUGACGGCCAGACGGUCCAUCCGUCCGACACGGUCGACGAGCCCCUGCUCACGUCACCCAGCAGCGAAACAACGUCUGCCUCCAAUUCCAUUGCCUCGCUCGACGACAUGAUUGAUCCGCGCCUUACCACUUCGGACCCGCCACUCUUUCUCGAGCACCGAAACGACAUACAUCACAGCCUUCCUCUUCCCAUGGCCAACGCCAUCCAGUCAGCCUCCAAGGCCUAUUCCGAGUCGCACACGCCCACGCCCGUGUCCAUUGCAACCGAUCACUCGCCCCCCCUGCACUCGCCCCGUUCUCCAAGCAUACCCUCUAAACCCACACAACCCCCAAUGCGCACAUUCCUCGACCCCUCGCCCAUCCAACAGUCGCACUCGAUCCCCGAAACCGCUGGUCCAGACCCCAUCUACUCCAUUUCCCCAGUCACUACCACGGAACUCGAGAGCGACAGCCUUGCAGAAGAAGAGCAAGAUUUUGAUACCUAUGUAGGCGGUCUGCAUGGCUCGGGUGUGGCCGAUGUGGAUCAAGCAGGCAGCUAUGGAUAUCCGAGCAGCCUGGGCGCAAGCUACAUGGAAAGUUACAUGCAGAAUCGCCCGUUGCGCGUUCGCAUGGAGGCUGCGACCAAAGCCGGGUUGAGCGAGGCGGAGAAGAGGAGAUUACUGGAAGAGAGGGUAGAAGAGGAAGAAGACCAUGUCCACGAUGAUGUUGACAACGACGAGGAUGACUCGGAUGAUCUUUCGGACAUUGACAUGGAUCACACACGCAAGAAGUCCAAGGAUCUCGGCGAAGACCACUUCAUGGGCGACAUGGACGACUUUUGACAUGUGACCCUGGCAAAACACGCUUCUUUUUCUUUUUUCUUUUUUUUGUGGUGUUUUGAUUCGGGAUAAAACAAACUAUUAUACAGUAGUCUGUAUGUGUGUGUGUGAUUCUUCUGCACUUGGAUAAGGUAGGUUUCUGGUUGUUCUGUCUGUCUGUCUAUCUGUCUAUCUGUCUGUCUGUCUGUCUGUUUGUCUAUUUUGUUUUUUUUGGCAUCACGGCUCCCAACCCCCCCGGGAACAUGAAGCCAUCAUCACCAUGCCCAUCAUCAUAGUUUUGGAUAUGCAUCUCCGUGUGCAAGUUUGACAAGCACACACAAACUGCCCAGUUGCAACAGUAUGUUUGUUGCUUCAUCAUAGGCGCAUAGCUAACCUAUCGAGAGA